UUACCAGCGGCUAGGGUAGGACUCGAAGGAUAUCGUUUCACCGAGGCGACAGCGGAAAAAAAGAGAGCUGAAUGUUGUUGUAAACACAACAUUAACAAACUAUAUUAUAAACACUUUUGUUGUAAAUAAAGCAGUACAUUUGUGUUACCGUUAUAUAUUUAGCUUACGAUGUCUACUCCGGCAAGAAGACGAUUGAUGAGAGAUUUUAAACGGUUACAAGAAGACCCUCCGGCUGGCGUCAGUGGUGCCCCUUCCGAAAACAACAUAAUGGUGUGGAAUGCAGUCAUAUUCGGCCCAGAAGGGACACCUUUUGAGGACGGCACGUUUAAGCUUACUGUUGAGUUCACAGAAGAAUACCCUAACAAACCCCCCACAGUACGAUUUGUGUCAAAGAUGUUUCAUCCAAAUGUGUAUGCAGAUGGCAGUAUAUGUCUAGACAUUCUGCAGAAUCGAUGGAGUCCAACCUAUGAUGUUUCAUCCAUUCUUACCUCUAUUCAGUCUCUGCUAGAUGAACCAAACCCCAACAGUCCAGCCAACAGUCAGGCGGCCCAGCUUUACCAAGAAAACAAGAGGGAGUACGAGAAGCGUGUGUCGGCCAUUGUAGAACAGAGCUGGAGGGACAGUUGACCACAUCCUCUCCCUUCUGGCCUCCUCUAUCCCCAGCGCUGAGCUGUGUGAUACGAGUUUGAGGAGUAAUCUUAAUUUAGAUUUUUUUUGUUUCUUCCUCCAUUUUACUUUUACAUAUUUAUGCACUUUACCUGUCCCUUGUUGAAAAUGUUUUUUUCCUGACACGCUUGGAGUGGAGUUUUCGUUAUUUUUUUCUAUUUCUCCCUCCUGUUUUGGCUUAUCAUGUGACUUAUGUGCUGAAUCUUGUUUUUGUCGCCACCGUCUUCAAUUGAGGACAAUUUUUGGACGUCAAUUACCUGCCUCCUCCCUUCCCACACUGAAAUAAAUGAGUUGGACUGA